AUGCUUGGGGAGUCUGAUAUUCAGGAUCUAGAUGACCAUCUAGGGUCAGUUCUCCGCGACAACGAACGGCAUCAUGAAAACGUCCAGAACCUACUCCAGCGGUUUCAUCUCCUUCUCGAUAAUUAUAACCGUCUCAAGAGUGAUUAUGAGGAGGAAAAAGAGGCUCGUGAGAAAUACAAGAAAUUAGUCCGCGGACAAGAUCGAAAUCCGUUUGUUCUGGUACUAGUUGACGGGGAUGGCUGCUUGUUCAAAGAACAUCUCCUCAAGGCAGGUAGCGAAGGUGGUAUCACCGCUGCUACCCUUUUAAGCGAUUCCAUCAAAGAGCUCCUUCAUGACCAGCUCGGCCCCCAGGCAGAUCAGUGUCGUAUUAUGGUCCGCAUAUAUUCAAACAUCUUAGGGUUGUCAAAGUCGCUAGCUCGCUUCGGCCUUGUUGGACACGAAGCUCGGUCUCUAUCUCCGUUCGCUGCUAGUUUCACACGUUCCCAGGAUCUAUUCGACUACGUGGACGCCGGUGACAAGAAGGAGGGUGCAGAUAAUAAGAUUAGAGGCUGCCAUGAUGCCGGAUACCUCUCCCUGCUAACACCCUACCGUGGCAAGGCCGACCGGAUCACACUGCUUAAAGCUGCGUCUUUUCACCCCGAGUAUGCCAAGCUCGAUCUUCCUGUGAGAGAGCUUCCUGCAGUGUUUAUGACUGGUGCACUGGGUGGAGGUCAUGUUGGCAGUAACCAUGGGGCCAACAAAUAUUUGGUCAAUGGUCAUGCUGGUAGUAAUGCUACCAGCCGCCCUCACCCCCCACCUAAACCGAUUUGCAAAUAUUUUCAAAAGGGUUUCUGCCGGUACGGGAACGAGUGUACGAAAACUCAUAUAGGACCCGAUCAACAGCUUUCUAAAGCAAAAUACGACUAUUCAUUCGAAACAGCGAACUCGUCUAGUAGAGUUAGAGAUGACGAAUACUAUGCCAAAAUGCUGCCCCCUGUGUCGGGCAAGUGCAAGGACUAUAUCCCAAUUAACGUGCUUGGAGAGCGCAUAGACAGCUACUGCCCAAAGCCACCUCUAGAAGCAUGGGAGUCCUAUAACCGGCGGACCAAGCAGUAUAAGCUGUGUAAUAGGCACCAGCUGCGUGGCGAAUGUGAUACUCCGGACUGCGAGUUUGAUCACCGUCCCGUGGAGAGUGACUGCAUUGACGUAAUGAGAAAUAUUCUCCGACAGCAUCCAUGUCCCAAGGGCGGGCGCUGCCGGGCCUUCAGUCGUCAUGCGCACACCAUCAAUCUACAGGUGGUGCACUGGGUUACGCCAAGUGACCAAGUUGAUACCAAUGUCCAAGUUGAUAACGAUAGCCAAGUUGAUAACGAUAGCCAAGUGGAUAACGAUGAAAUAGCUGUGAGCGAGCCCUCGACAUCUGACCCGCCGAGCAGCCCUUUGUUUUAUACGGAAGGCUCUCCACCAGUAUAUUAUUUUCGAGCGUGA